CAAGCCGAAUCUGUCCUCAAUGAAGUCUGGGGACUCGUUAAUCGUUACUUUAUAGACCGGACCUUCAACGGCCAAGAUUGGGACACCGUGCUGUCCAAAUAUACCAUGCAAAUAUCCAAAGCCAACAGCAACACCCCCGACCAAGAAAUGAAACUGAUUGCCGAAAUGGUCAAAUCCCUCAACGACAAGUAUAGUCGCGUUUUAUCGGCGGAACAGUACGCCGCGAUUCAAAAGUUUGACUUGAUUGGGGUUGGGGUCACGCUUAUGCCGAACUCGGCCAAACAAAUCAUCGUCGGUGCACCGCCGAUCGUCGGUUCGGCGGCCGACAAGGCUGGACUCCGAACAGGUGACUACGUCACGGCUGUCAACGGGGUUUCAACACAAGGCCGUACCGCCUUUGACAUUAUCGACCAAAUAUCUGACAAUCCCAAUGCACAAACAGUAGCAAUGACGAUCCGGCCGAAAAACAAAAGCAACGAUAUUGAAGCGGAGCGUGUCGUCGUCAUGGACCGACUCUUCCAGGAAAUCAAAGAUCCCAUUCGCUACAAAAUAACCGAAACUCGCGCCGACGGAACCAAAGUUGGAUACAUUCGCAUAGCCGAGUUCAAUUCACUGGUCAAAGCCAGACUGGAGGAUGCUCUGCGGGAUCUGAAAGCGGACGGAGCGAAUGCCUUCGUUUUGGAUUUGCGUAUGAAUACGGGCGGGGCCUUUCAGUCAGCGGUUGAAAUUUCAAGUUUGUUCAUCGAAAACCGCGUUGCUACCUACGUUGUCGACAGUGGCAACGUAGAGUUGCCUUUUCGAACAACUCCAGGCCGCCUCGCAAUUGAUCCCACAGUCCCUAUGGUCGUAUGGAUUGACGGAAUGUCCGCUUCUGCUUCCGAAGUCUUGGCAGGAUCCUUACACGACAACUGUCGCGCGGUACUCAUGGGGAACAAAUCCUUCGGUAAGGGUUUAAUUCAAGCGGUGUACGGCCUUAAGAAUGGCGCGGGUCUGGUGCUUACCGUAGCCCGCUACGUCACACCCAGCGGUAACGACAUCCAAGGGAUCGGAAUCAACCCGGACAUUAGC